AGUAACAACAACGUUGGGUUUCAGGUGGAUCUUGAACGAGCAAGUGUGGUUGCGUGCGGAAUUGUGCGCACGAAUGAACCUGUCAAUAGCCUACAGACGUAUAUUGCGUACAUGCAAGUACAAUUACAGGAGUAAUACAUAUUUGAGACCUUUAUAUAGUCAAAUCAUAUUCUCCAAUGGCUACGAUAGAGGAAAGAUUUUGUCGUGACGAUACAGACUGUUCCGAUAAGCAGUACUGUUAUCAUGUAUCGGAACGAUGCGUUGACUAUACCCAAUGCAGCAGGUAUAAUAGACAAGAAAAUCAUGAAAAAAGAUCACAACAUCCUUCUCAGUGUGGACCUUGUCUUUCUGGCUACUCCACGGAAAAAUUGGGCACAGGAGAAAUGGCAUUGUUAUGUUGGAAAAUAAACGCGCAGCAAAAUAGUUUAGAAACGGACAGAUUAAAUAAUUAUAUGAUUAUUUACAUCACAGUUGGAAUAUCCCUGUUUCUUUGCUUAAUCGCUAAAUUCGUCGGUAUACUUCUCAGAAAACGAAUGUCAAAGCAACAAAAUAAUAAGGGUAAACCGUGCGGUGAACUUUGCGUGAUGGAACCCACUGCGCCACCGUUGGAAAAUAGACCUUUCAUCACCUGUAAGGAAGGAUCAUCUCCAGUAUCAUUUAAUAACAAUAAAAAUUUAAAGGAUAAGAAUAAUCUUGUACGUGCUGGCUGUUAUGUGCCUCCGAGUUGGAUUCGUACAAAUCCGAAUUAUGAAAAUGAUUCGAGUAACGACAGCAUAAAUGCAAUGGAGCAACUACAUUCCAUGUCUGAGUUAUCAACAGAUGAUCAUCAAUUUAAUAGCUGGAUUCCGGAACGAUUAACACUUGAAGUUACAAAUGGGAACUCAGAUGGAUAUGAAAUAGAACAAUUGGAUAAUAGUUUAAACACAACUUUAGUUGAAACAAAUAAUCCGUCUUCAUCUAAUUCAGCUGAAGAAGAUAAUAACAAUAAUAAUAAUAAUGGUUCAGCAUCUGAAUCUAAUAAUACACAAAAUAGUAGAGAACAUGUACGAAUAUCUAAUAUUUUGAUCUCUCAAAAAAUAUCAAUGAACGUGAAUUUACUCAAUGGUGAUUAUUGA